GGACCGUUCCCCCAACAACUUUCACCCUGUUAGAAUGCACUUGUGCACCGGUUCCCUGCCACUGAAAAUGUGCCACCUUGACACGGACGCCAAAGCCUACCGCGUCCUUAGGGCUGUGAAUUAUCGCUGUGGUGAUGAUGAUGAUGAUGAUUAUGAUGGUGAUGAUGAUGAUGAUGAUGAUCAUGAUGGUGAGGAUGAUGAUGAUGAUGAUGGUGGCGAUGAUGAUGAUGAUGAUGAUGAUGAUGAUGAUGGUGAGGAGGACGAUGAUGAUGGUGAUGGUGAUAAUGAUGAUGAUGGAAGUAUGUCCUCCUCCCUCCCCAAGCUCACUAAGCGUGUGGUUGACAGGCAUGGGGACAGUCAGCAGUGGGACGCAGGACAUUGCACAAAUACGAUCUUUGGCGGUUUUGUCUGCAGCAUGGGACUGGGUUUGAGACUUGAUGAGGAUGUCGCCGAUGACUUGGAGACGAGCGAUGUCGUUCUUGUCUCCCCCUCUUUAUUGCAUGGUGGGGCCCACGAGUUUGGCCCACGUUGCAUUACUCAGGCCUCUGAUGGGUCUGUCUCUGCCCUCAAGGUUACUGGCACGUCUUCCUGGCUUCUUGCGAGGCGGUCUUCCUUCAACAAAGAGGGGAAAGGUCUCCCCAUCUCCAUCCCUGUUAGGAAGAGCCUGCCGGGUGAUGUGUCUGAUGCUCUGAGAAACGAAUCGGAGGUGUGCAGAGCUUGCGGCCUCUCGGAUAGGGGGAGGUCUUUGGGAACAAGUAAGCACUCGCUCAAGUACUCUGGUCAGCUCUCCUCGCCAUUGCUUCCUGGUCUCCCAUCGUCCCCCCCUGCAGUAUUUGGCUGGCAUGGGGAGCACGAGUUCAUCGACUCCACAGGAAAUGUCGCAAGGGAUGGUGGGAGGGGUGGUUGGCCAGGAGCUGUCCUGCUGCAGAAGAGGAAGCCCCUCGUGGGGUCGUAUGAGGAAUGCCUGCUCUCAGGGCGUAUAUCUACUGCUAGUCCGCUGAAGAGAUUGGGAGGGUUUUUGGCAUUGCUCAGUGUGGUUGGCGGUGGUCGUUCGCCCACCCAUCGAAAGCUUCCGUUUGCAGUCAGCUGUCUCAACGACGGACCGUUCCUGUAUAGCGCAUGCAUUAGCUUGGAGGCUCCUCCAACCACUCCACUGUCAACGACGGUGCCGGCAUCACCUUCCACGUCCACGUCGCUGCAGGGCCAUUGGCCCCGUUCUGGCUCACCACCAGGUCAAUGUUCAUCGCGUGACAUGUAUCGCCCAUUUUUGUCGGAGAUCUCAGCAACUGUGCAGUCACCGCCGUCAUCAGCACAUGGGUAUGCACGGCCUUCCUCGUCGCCUACAUCCCUUUCUCCUUGUCGCCUCCAGUUUGGCAGCAGCAGCCCCAUUGCAAAGGCAAGUUCUCCGAUACCAAUGCCCCAACCACAGUCUUCCCUGUCCUGCCUAUGCAUGCCGACCACGGACGAUAGAGGCACUGUGGUCAGUAGAAGUUUGGAAAUACAGGGCCUUUGUGAGAGAAAGCUUGAGAGGUCUUCCAGCGGUAGCUGUAAUAGCAACAGUCGUUAUCGUGUACCAGUGAAGGGUCGAAUCCAGCUGGUACUCAACAAUCCAGAGAGGACUCCAAUCCACACCUUUGUUUGUGACUAUGAUUUGUCGGACAUGCCAGCAGGAACGAAAACGUUCCUUAGACAGAAGGUCUUUGCUGUCUCCUCUGAGAACAAGGUGCACAUAGCAGUAGGCGGGCCAAUCAGGCAACAGACUGAACAACAUGCAACUAAGAAUGUGGGUGCACUCUCCAACGCUUCUGGAAGCAGCAGUGGUGGGAUCGCUGGCUCAUUGCGAUAUGCUAUGCAUGUGCGCUUCAUCUGCUCACACACUCGCUCAUCAGCAAGGAAUCGUGAUGAGUGCAAGGGUUUUGACAGCAGCAGGGAUUUUGAGGCAGCCUACUCAGAAGGGGUCUCCACUGGUGAGCUGCAAUUUGAGGGGCUGGAACCUGACACAGCAAAGAGUGCAGGCGUAGAGCAAACAGAAGAUGGGGUGGACAAUUAUCCUGGGAGAGUCGUAGGCAGGAAAUGUGGCGUUCCUGACUGGGUGCUGGACAAUAGAUCUGUCGAACCAGCGAACACCAGUGGACGGAGCCCUCGAGUGAACUCUGUUCAAGGUGUGGUAAGUAGGAGUAGUAGUGAGAAGGGCUCUAGAAAGUUCUACAUAUACGGAGAUCUGCGUGUCAUUUUCCCUCAGAGAGGCUCAGAUCUCGGAAACGAGCGUCUGAGAGUCGAGUACGACUUUCCAAGCAAUCCCAAGUACUUCGAUUGUGUAUAAGUUCCGUGCGUUUGCCCGGAAGCAGUUUCUUGUUGGUGAUGUCCAGACAUGGAGCGUUCUGGCACCUGUAGAAAUCCGAAACCCCUGUCUUGGUUGUAGACCAUGUGUGAUCGGUGGGGUGACCUUCACACUUUUUUUGGCGCAAAGAAUGUGAUAGGAAGCUAUCUCCCCUCCCUCCGUUUCACGGUUUCACCACAUGCUGUGUGCAAUGCCGCAUCAGCCCUCUACGCAGGAGCCUGCCUGUUGUUGUGCGGCAGAUAUUCUUUUGUCUAUAAUCCAGAUUGGUUGCCGGCUUCUGUCCCCUCCUCUCUUGUCGCAAGCAAAAAUGAACAAGUGCAGAGGACACCAAGCUGGAAGCAACAAGCAUUCCUCGCGAUUCUCCAGCAUGUACAUGACUGCUUAACUGACGAUGCAUGUGCACACCGCAUUGGCCAAACAAUCUGAUUUGUAAAUAGCUGACACAUAUUUGAUUUUCAUCAUUUGAUCUUUUCUCGAUUCUUUUGACGAUAUUGCUUCCAAGAUCCAACCCUCCUGCAGGCUUCCAGAGAGGACCCCCCACUGGAUCUGGAUAUUUUUUUGCACCUCAUCUUUUGUACAAUUUCCACCUAUGAACACAUGCCCUAUCGACUCUCAAUCUCCAGUCACAGCUUCAGUGCUGAGUGCCAUCUAUUUUUGGAAGCUGCGCACGGCAGCAUCUGCCACUGUCUCCGUACCAAGUUUGCCUUUCUUUCUGUUGCCGACGAGCUAUCCCCAGUGCCCAGGAUCGCAUCGGGAAAAAAGAAGGUUGAGAUAGGGAUCCACGUUUUAGAUGGGUUGAAUACGACAUGCGCGUUGAAUACGACACGCGCGCUUACACGCGUGUUUGUACAGAGACCCAACUGAAUGUGGAAGUGAGUUCACGAGUCGCUGUUCUGUUAUCGCUGGGUGACAAUUCCCAGAGGAUAGCUGUGUUGCCGUUCAGGCCAGACGUGCAUUGACGGACGGACUUCGUUUUUCUGUAUCCGAGAUCAACGGCUGGGAUGACACUCGAGGCUGAGGGCCGCCCUCAUUCCCUCAUCAGGAGGUGAAGAAAUCCGAAGAUUCCUGGAUUUUCUUGCUUCUUUUCGCACAGAUUUCAUAGUGCGUUGUCUCCUUUUUCCGCUGAAAUCUCUCUCAGCACUGAGGGUGUUGGGUGUAAUAUAAAUAAGCGUUUCUGUGCUUGCCCGCCUUAUGAAGUCCUUCCUCACCGCCCCCCAAGCUGUGGCCGUGUACCUUCGUCUUACCUUGUCCAUGGCAGGGAGGUGGAUUCUGGAAUGAAGUGUAGCAUUACUUUCUGUUCCAAAUUGCAAUCCCACUCAUUGAUUGGGCCAGUGGUGUUUCUCUCAAACAUCAUGCAGCCAUCCAUGCAGCUUGCGGCAUGGGAUCACUGGGAACGAGUGACGGGAGGGGGAGACUGCAUCCACAAAGGUGCUGGUCUUCCGCCUUCCACAAACCAAUCAGACUGCUUCAUUGUCAAUCCAUUCUCUAUCUUGCCUUCCUCUGGAGAUUUUCUAUUAUAAACGUGAACAGGUGGUGGUGUGUUUGUUUGCUUUAUUCCAGGCCAGCGCUGAUCUUUUGUUUUAUACUGUGUUGGCAUCUUGCCUUUCUUGCGCUGUGAACGAUGGAAGGAGCUUGGUAGCGAGAGAGAGUGGGGAGAGGUACAUGGGGUGGAGCAGGACGGACGGAGGUAGGUAGGGAGAGAUGCGUUGAUCGGCAAUCCUGUUGAUGUUGACGACAACAUGUGGUCCGAAUGGAUAAAUAGCUCCGUGCAGCAGCUAACAACUCACCGAAAUGUGGCAGAUCCUUUCUCUGAAGACACGGAUUUAACUUCCUAUUUAGGAACGAAUGCAAACCAGUGCUGCUGGGUCCGGCUGGCACCUACAGGUAGUGCGCUAUUUUUAAGCGAAAGGAGAGCGAAAUGCGCUGAGAACGCCCGUCUGGUAUGGAUUUCAAUUCUUUGAAAAAAGCCUACCUACGUUUGGUAGGAAAGGUCGUUAAUGCUGGCAUGACGACUGGAUAGUGCUGGUAUGACAACUGGAACCGGAGAGGCUGCUGCUAGAUCCUCAUCAAUGUCGAACUGACUGGGAACCUGUUCCCUAUGUCCCUCCCUCAGGGGCUUGCAUCAUAGGUGAUAGUGAGGGGAAGGAGACGUGUAUUUCUCCCUUGGGGAGCUUUUUGAGCCUGGUACGGAGGCAGACGUGGAUUUCACCACUGCAACCUGCAUGAAGACAUGUCAAGGCGCGUUGGCAUAUGUACAGUAAUCAAUCAUCAGAGGAAGCGGUCCUUCGUAAAUCCACGCCUGCAGAAAGUGAGGAGCACCUUCACUGAUGGAUGGAUGGAUGGUGGGUUCUGGGCGGGAAAGCGGAGAAGCUCCAUUGACGGUCUGCAGUACAGACGAGAGUGCAGUACACAGGCUAACUAAUGCCUGCAUAUCGCACAAAAAAGGAUUUUCAGACUCCCUCGGGGAGUUCUGUCGGAUAGCAUGGAGUUCAGGGGCAUCUGGAGCGAGGCGAAACAGCUUAUGGACUAAGCAGGAAUGUGCGGGGAGUCGUUAGCAUACAAGCUGGAUGGGAAUCUCAUUUGGGGCAGAGUUUAUUGUUUCUUGCCGCCCAAACAUUGGCUUCGAAAACCGUUUGAGGUAAGUGACGGUCCGCAACCAUUCACUCGUUCGCUCUUCUCUUGAAAGAUGUUCCAACUCCACAAGCUGGGGUGGUUUCGAAAACGCUCGAUCGGUCGGGGUGGGUGGCGGAAUCCGCAACCCCUGUCAGUGUGUAGCUGGAAUUUCAAGGGCCAUGGGAGAAGGCUUGGCGACUGGUAUCACUGAGGUAAAAAAGACUUCACUGAGAUAACGAUUUUACUGUGGAGUGGAGUCACAUAGUGCAUUUUGUACUCAGCCAUUCCAAGGUGAAGUCAUGUGUUUCGAGCAUCCUCUUGUACACGGGUAUAGCCCAAAUUAUGGACGACACACUCACAGGAUAAGUGCAAAGGUGU